AAUAACUAUUGAGAAUACUGACAAUUGGUUUAGAUAGAAGCCCCGAUCCAAUUCUCGGGCAAAAUACCCGAUGAAUUACCUUAUAAAUGAAAAAAAAAAUUAAUGCUUUUUAGACACUUUUACAAUCGUCUACCAUUGCAGUUACUUUCGAUAAGAAAACAUUUUUUAACGAACAAACAAAAUUAUACGGUAAUAAAAAAUACACAAACGUAUCACAAUUACAAUAUAAUACCCGAUGUAUUUGAUGAAGCUCCAAAUGAACCAUUAAUAAUACAGUUUAAGAAUGGCAUCGAAGUGGAUUAUGGUAAUAUAUUACAACCAAAAGAUGUUCUAGAACCACCCAUAAUUCAAUGGGAGCAUGAUGCAAAAAAAUACUAUACUCUAUGUAUGCUUGAUGUUGAUUUGCCAACUCGUCUUGAGCCCAUCUUACGUUCAUUUCAAUUAUGGUUCGUUGGUAAUAUAUUAGGACAAAAUUAUAUGGAAACUGGUGAAACAUACGCAAAUUACAUUGGUAUUGGUCCACCAAAAAAUACUGGUUAUCAUCGUUAUGUGAUCUUUGUGUGUGAACAAAAGAAUAAAAUUGAUUAUUCACCAUUAAUUAAAGGGGAUUUAAUGUUGCCACGUUAUCGGAAUCAUUUUAACUAUAAAGAAUUUUCCAAGCAAUAUAAUUUGGGUAUACCAAUAGCGGGUAAUUUCUUUUUGGCACAAUAUGAUGAAACUGUUCCAAAAGUUUACAAGAAAUUAAACAAUUUAUCACUUUUUGUAACACCACUGAAAUGA